GCCGCCCACUAGCCAUGCGUCUUGGAUACAUCUUCACGCUGUGCGCUCCUCUCUUGGCUGCAGCAUCUCGCAGCGAGCAGAAAAUCAUGGCUGCUAAACCCCAAGACAUCCUCGCCGACCCGUUCGUCGCUUCGCAGCCUACGAUCACGGACGUGCUCACCAUCCAGCGCCCGGGCAACAUCUUCUUUGACUAUGCUCGCUCGCUCGCGCUCUCUGAGUCGUUCAGCAACAAGAGCAAGGAGCUUACAGUGCUCAUGCCCACUAACACGGCUGUGAUGAAGAUGGACCGUAAGCCUAAUGAACCGGAGCAACCUGGAGGCGAUAUCCAGAUCACGGAAGCCGAGUACGAGUCUCAGUCGACGGAGAACGUCGAGAGAUGGGUAUCUGCCCAUGUCAUAGAGGGACGGGUAUCUCUUGAUAAGCUACCAAAAAGCUACAACACCCUCUUGUCGGGUAAAACUGUUUCUUUCGAGUUUUCCUCCGACACGAGCUCGACGGAUGACUGGAAAAACGUCGUAAUGAAGGGAGGAAAAGAUGAUUAUGACAUAAAGAUCCUGAACAGACUCGAGGCUGCGAAUGGCGUUAUCUUCGUCAUUGACGGUACUGUCUCCCCCAGCAGCUGAGCGUGCCGCUGUUACAUUCCCAUCGUCUCAUCGUCUUGUACAACAUCGAACAGUAUCCCCUUCUUAAUGUCAGCAUUAGCCUGUCGCCCUCGUCUUGAUUACAUAUCAAUGGAACAAUAUGAUCACCA